AUGCUUUCCUUCGGGCGGUCCUCGGCUCUACCCUGCGGAACCUCGCUUGCCUGGACAUCUGCCCUGGUGGGCGGCAUCACAAUCCGUGAUGAUGAUCUCGCUGCGAGCAUGGUCCUGUUCUUCAUCCUCCUCCUAUUCCAAGUCAUCGGCAUCCUUCGAGUCUACCAGGGAAAACGCUUCCUCGACAUCCUCGUUGUUUUCGCUCCAACCCUUGCCUUUGUCACAUGUCUUAGCAUCUGGUCUGGUCUGCGAGCAAACCUUGCCAACAGAGCUCACUCAUCAACUGACCUUAUCACUUCACAAUCGGGCUUGUCACAGCUUGUCUCGGCCAACGGCUUGAUCAGCUGCUCGCCCAUGUUGCUUUGCGAGACGAGUUUUCAGGUGUUCGGGUUGCUGGCAAAAAGGUUGAUUCCAGUAGCAAGAAAGUGGGUAAAGUACGCGGCGUAUACGGCGAGACUGGUCAACUUGAUCGCGCUCAUUAUGUGUGUCGUCGCAGCUUGCGAUCUCAGCUCUUGUAGUGGAGAGACGUGUGGCACGACAGUGCUGGGUCGCGAUCUGACUCUGCUUCCUCUUAUGGCCGACGGCUUGGACUGUCUGCCUCCGACUUCGUGCGUCCGCGAUUGGGCAGCGCUUGAGAUCUAUCUCAAUGGAGAAUGGCUUCGUUUCUCGGACCACUUCAGCUUGAAAGGUGAUCUGGAGGGCUUGGCCAAGCGCAUCCGUCGGCAAGCCGAGGAUCCGACGCUUUUCUAUGUCCUUGGACUCGUGCCACUUGUCCUGGCCAUGGUCCUCAUCUACACACUCAACCUCGUCAUGUACACAAAUCCUCCAGCUACGUCGAUCACGACACAGGACAACGUGACAACCCGCUUCACCUUAUUCUUAGACCCUGCUGCUCCCCGCAUCGAGCUCCUCCCUACAUCAAAGGCACCAGCUGCGAACGCCGGCAAAGGCGGUAACGACAGCAAAAAAGACCGAGGCGGUGGGAAGGGCCAAAAUGCUGAAGCAGGCAAGAACAAAGGCGAGAUGUUCGUAGUCAAACGAGGCUGGUUGGGUGGUUGGAGCGUUCAGCCUGCACAAACGGAAGCUGGAUGGGCGACGAAAGGCAAGCUCAAGAUCAAGCAAAACUUGCUGAGUUGGGCUCUGGGUUGGUCCUCAGACCAAAAAGCACCAGUGACGGCUGCCUGA